UCAAGAUCAAAUCAGUCAGAUCGAAGGGUCUUGAAAAUAAGCUUACAGAAAGGGUGAGAGGGAGGGAAAGAAGAAACCAAUGUCAAUAGAAAGAACUACAAACAAACUGCGCAAGUUGCAGAAAUAAAAAAUUGAAGGCUCCACGACCAAAACCAGUCCCACUUGUUCCCCAGCUACUUCCACACUCUUCUUCUUCUUCUCUUCUUCUCCUCCUUCUGGUUAAUUGAGAUCAUCGGGGAGACGAGGAGGCUGAUCGUCCUGCGGAAGGUAGUGAUCGAUCGGUUAAUUUGCUUCGGAGAGAGAGAAUUGGAAGGUAAGGAAUAUCUAUAUAAUGGAGGAGGAGGAGGAGACGGCGUUGAAGUCGUUGUCGAUGGACUACCUCAACCUGCUCAUCAACGGCCAGGCGUUCAGCGACGUCAGCUUCGGGGUGGAGGGCCGCGUGGUGCACGCGCACCGCUGUAUCCUCGCCGCCCGCUCCCUCUUCUUCCGGAGGUUCUUCUGCGACGGCGCGGCCUCGAGGUCCGCCGCGGCGGCGACGGCGACGACGGCGACUGCGGCGGCGGGGGGGCUGAGCCCGAUGCUGGCUUCGAACUCGCCCGCGGCCCGCGGCGCCGGCAUCAUCCCGGUCACCUCCGUCAGCUACGAGGUGUUCCUGCUGGUGCUCCAGUUCCUCUACAGCGGCCAGGUUUCGCUGGUGCCGCAGAAGCACGAGGCCCGGCCUAAUUGCCCCGACCGCGCUUGCUGGCAUACCCAUUGCCCCGCCGCCGUCGACCUCGCCCUCGAUAUCCUCGCCGCCGCCCGCUCCUUCGGCGUCGAACCCCUCGCCCUUCUCACUCAGAAACAUUUGGCCGGAAUGGUGGAGAAGGCGUCGAUUGAGGACGUGAUGAAGGUGCUGGUGGCGUCGAGGAAGCAAAACAUAGGGCAGCUGUGGACGACGUGCUCGCAUCUCGCGGCCAAGUCCGGCCUCCCGGCGGAGGUGCUCGCCAAGCACCUCCCCCUCGACGUCGUCGCCAAGAUCGAGGAGAUCCGGCUCAAGAUCAGCUCCCUCGCACGAGGGGCCGGCGCCUUAUUCCCGGCGCACCUGCAGGCGCAUCAGCAGCAUCAGCAGCAGCACCACCUCCCCGGCCUCGAGCUCGCCGUCCCCUGCGGCGGCACCGACCAUCACCUCGUCGACGAGCAGCAGAAGAUCCGACGGAUGCGGCGGGCGCUGGACAGCUCGGACGUGGAGCUGGUGAAGCUGAUGGUGAUGGGGGAGGGGCUCAACCUCGACGACGCCCUCGCGCUGCACUACGCCGUCGAGAACUGCAGCCGCGAGGUGGUGAAGGCGCUCCUCGAGCUCGGCGCGGCCGACGUGAACCGCCGGGCGGGGCCGGCGGGGAAGACCCCUCUCCACGUGGCGGCCGAGAUGGUGUGCCCGGACAUGGUCGCCGUGCUGCUCGACCACCACGCCGACCCCACCGCCCGCACCCUCGACGGCGCCGGCGUCACCCCCCUCGACGUCCUCCGCGGCCUCACCUCCGACUUCCUCUUCAAGGGCGCCGGCGUCCCCGGCCUCGCCCACGUCGAGCCCAACAAGCUCCGCCUCUGCCUCGAGCUCGUCCAGUCUGCCGCCCUCGUCAUGUCGCGCGAAGAAGCUGCCGCCGCCGCCGCCGCAGCCGCCGCAGUCAACAUCACCCACAAUAACGUCAGCGACGGCGCCACUUCCCAUCAUCACUCCAUCAAUAUCUACCCUCGAUGAAUCUAGCUAGCCAAAUCUGUAAGCAAAGUUCUACAUACAAAUCUCGCAUUCGAUUCAUCAAAAUCUAGAUAUAUAUAUAAUUAAUAUAUCUCCCCUAAUCAAUCAAUUGGAUCAUUUCCAUUCUCAUUAAUCAUCAGUGUGUGCAAUUAAUUUUCAUGAGGGUUUCGUAGAGCAUGCAUUAGCAUUUAGCCAUUACUUACUUAGUUAGUUAGUUAGUUAGUUAGCUAGCAACCAUGAACAUGUAGAAAUAAUCAUCAAACAAUUUCUUAAAUCUUGCCAAAUUCAAUACUCGAUCUCUCUUGUUUAAUUUCCUGUCGAUACACAUGGUCGAUCACAAAUUAGGGUUCGUUCUUCUUCAAUAACCCUCGUUUUAGGGUUACCUUCCUAAUUCAUGAAAUGAAGGAAUCAACAUUCAAUCACCCGGCCGACGGACGGACGGCCACGAUGAGUCCUAAUCCUACGAUCCGACGGCAAAGAAGAAACCGUCUUCCUAGAAGUGCACCAUGGCAUAUCAGCAGCAUGCUAGGGUUGUGGUGCAACAGUAUGGCACUGUGAAGUUUUUUAUCUUUAUUUUCUUUUCUUUUCAUUUUCAAAGGACAGAGAUUGGUGCUCUGUUUGGAUGCACAAAAUGAGAAAUGUCGAGGCAGACCAGCAAUGAGCAAUUCAGCACAUCGAGUUGUCUUCUCCAACAGUUUGAGUUUCCAUUUCUUUAAUUCCCUUGGCCAGAGCUUUCAAUGCCCUUCCUGCUCCAAAUGGAUUAUAUAUAUUUAUAUAUAUAUCAUUUUCUUUAAUUUCUUUGCCAUAUAGAGAUUUUCUUGGGUAUGUAAUUUAGGUUUAAUGAGAAAUGUUUUUGUGCUGAAUAGAUUAAGUAAGUAACAUGAGAAUUUAUAGGUUUACGGCAUUUCUGAGCAUUAGUUA